CUCAGCGGUCUUCUCACACAAACCAACAAAGAUGGCGGUAUUUUAACGUGCGUUUUCUCUUUCUCUCUUUCCGCCAUUUCUCCUUCAAAUCAUCACUUAAAACUUUACACAUCACGUUUCCAGUGCAAGAAGAUGAACCGUAGACUCAAUAAGAGCCGGAGUCCUAUCGUAAACGCUUCGUUUCAACGUCGACAACUCAGCAAGACCUCGCGUUCUGCCGGCACAUGGGUGUUUGUCAACGUUAUUCUCGCGACUUUCUUUCUCUCUGAGCUUAUGUGGGGGUCCAUCGCUAGUUACCUGGAAUGGCACCAUCCCAUUAUAUGGUAUACAGAAUGCACACUUGCAGUUUGGUUCACCAUCAGUUUUAUAACAGACUUGUUUUUGUACCUGCGACCUGUGGUAACAAGCAAUACAGUCCUACUAACUCCACAUCAAAAGAAGCUGCUUGGGAUUAAACAAACAGACGGUGGCUUUAAGGUUCUUACUCAAGACAAGCAGUCACCUUUAUCGAAUCAGUCUCCUCCCACAUCACCUCUAGUUGCACCAUUAACAGAGUGUACUCCAAGAGGUCUCUCUGUCACCCCUCCCAAGUCCAGUAGUAGUUCCCCUAGAAUAUCAGGCUAUACUCCACCAUCGUACUAUGACAAGGCCACACCAGACACAAGUUUAAGAUCAAGACAUUCUUCACCAAGAAAGUCUCCUUAUUCCCCAAGUGAUUGUAUCAACAACUUGAACAGUUUGAAAGAGUAUUKGAGGGAACAAGAAGAAGAAGAGAACAGGUUACAAAGAGCUUUAUCAGACUCCCUUUCACAAAGUCGUAGUCCAUCCUUUUGGUCACCAUAUCGAAAUGAUUUCACACCUCAACUAGGUGUAUAUAGAAUUGCCAGAAGAUCUCCUGAUUCCAGUCUAUCAAGGGAUGAUGAUGAUUCAGCAUAUUCAUCAAGCAGAGCAGAAGAAAUGUGGCUGAGGAUAGGUGUGACAAGAGAGGAUCUUGAUUACUGGACAGAAAACUGUCGCAAGUGGCUCUGUCAGACGAUUCUCCAACGUUUAGUAGAACAGAUAGACUCCAUUAAUGAUACCCUCUGCAAAAUUGGAUGUCAAGAGCUGCAAGUUGGAACCAUCAGUCUCAGUUCACUACGACAUGUCUCUCAAGCCAAGGCUGAACAAGUUCCAUUCCUUCAAGUAAUCAUACCUUAUUUGGAAGCUUCAAAUAACCAGGAGUAUCUUGUGCAAAGAAUUCGAGAGCUCGCCAAAGGAGGCUGUAUGAGCGUUUUUAGAUGGAACUCUGGCGGAAAAUUCAGAGGCAAGGACUGGGAGUCAGACCUACUCACAGACUCACAGAUAGUCAUGCACAUGUUUUGUACCUACAUGGACUCGAGGCUGCCCGCUGAUCCACGGUUCCCGGAUGGUGGUACCUUUACUGGGCUUCAUUUUCUCAAGACACCAGACAAACCAGAUGCCAGGAAAAGCGAUUUAUGCAUUUACAUGUCGCGGCUUCACCCUCCACACUAUAAGGUGGUUAUAGAAGAUGAGGUUUUUGAUUUAGCAAAGGGUCGAAAUAACUUAUUCCACGCUAUCAUAUUCUUUUUAAAUCACGUCAAGACAAAUCAAAAUGGAAUGUUAGGCCGCGUUAACUUGGGUCUAUCGGGAGUAAAUAUUCUCUGUAUCAUCAACAAGAAGUAAUUAAGGAAAGAAUAUCCGCCAUUCAGGAGCAGAACUCUGGUUGGAUCAAUGUCGGAAGCGCAGAUAACAAGUUGAGGACGUCAUGGAAAAUAGGUGUUUCAGGCGCUAUAAUAUUCAUCAAAAUCAGUCUUUUCUUUCCCAGGUUUCUUGAACCUCCUUUUGUUGUGUUACAUCUUGGGGACCUCUGUGCACAAAGGGACAAGCUCCUCACGUCCACAAUUUUGAUACAUUUUACUUUUGAUUCUUUUUUUUUUUUUUUUUUUUUUUUUUUUUUUUUUUUUUUUUUUUUUUUUUUUCUUUUGUUAUAUCUUUAUUUUGAUACUAUUGGUGUUUAUAUUACAUUAGCGCCAAAUUUAGACUGAGGAGGGUGGGGAGGUGAAAUAAAGAUGAUCAUUUUUAAGAAGGCUAUUGUAGCUUGCCUCUUCGCGCAAACGUGCUCGCUUUUUUAAUAUGGAGUGGAAAGGCAGAGAAUCGGGACAAGGACAGGA